AUGGUUGUGCUUGUGAAACGUCUUGCCGCUCUUGAAGAUGGUCCUGCUGUUGCCGAUUUUUUUCUACCAGCCGGAGAACUUGUAGCCAUUCAGUCCAACCUGUCACGUUUCCUGGAACUUGCUUGCGUUCGUUACGGACUUUGCACAACCAGUGAGGCAGAGAUUCUCAACUCGACGUCAUUGCAACUACGGUUGACUGAAGCCAGCCUCUUCAACUUUCUCUGCCGGCUCCUGCUUCUUGGGGCAGCAUCCUGUGCGGAUGAAUGUGUCGAUUGCCUUCCCUCCCUUUGCAAGCAUCUCAUGACACACAUUGCAAAAUCUACCGACGAGGGUAUUCUUCGGCCACUCAAAUUGGAGCAAAAAAACCUCCUCUCACAGCUAAUUUGCAGUGACAGUCCAGCUGGGAAGAAGCUGCAGAACUUCUUUUUUGAAAUUCUUCAAGAUGAGGAAUCCAGCAACCUGGCUCCAGUGGCUCUAGAGGUCCUCCAAAGAAGCGCUUGCGAGAACGAAUCUGUCUUAAAACAACUGCUUGAAUUUCUCUUUUCUCGUCUAAGCAAUGGACGUUUUAACAUACAGGAAGUUGCAGAAUUGGCCGCCACCCUGGUUUUCAUCACCAGAACUCUCAGAGACAAGACACCAACCCGUCUUGUGACAGUCCUCGGAUUCCUCGCAGAACAAUCGACAAUUUUAUUUUUACUGACGGACUCCUUACACGCCGACCUGUCAACGGCUACUGAGACAGAUAGGGUCAAGAAAGCUGCCAACUGUAUAGCUAACCUCUCAAGCGCUUUUCGCUUUUUGGUUGCCGGUCUACCUAACAAAUCUCAAACCGCAAUCUUGGAGUCCUUCAAACUCGUCGGACCGUCUGCUCAGGCUCCGUCAAAUGACCUGAUGCGGCUCCUCCUGGCUGCAGUCAUUUCUGCCCUCCGAUCAGAUGUCUUUAUGGAACGUAGUGAGGAGCUUCUUCAAUUCACGUUCUGCACAAUUCAGUGGGCUUUGAAGCAAGCUCCAAUUACCUCAGCCGCCCUUUUGGACCUCAUAUCUAGUCAACUCUCAAUUGACUUUGCCUGCAUUCUCAACAAGUCCCCGAACGCACGUAUGUCCAGCUUCCCCAGUUUAUUCGGUUUUACCACGUUGCCUUCUCCUUUCUGUAACGGAAUGCGAGCUGACAAUGAUAACAGUGCAUAA